AUGGAUGGCUGCAGCACAACCUGCAACACCACACAGCACAACCUGCAACACCACACAACACAACCUGCAACACAGCACAACACAACCUGCAACACCAUACAACACAACCUGCAACACCACACAGCACAACCUGCAACACCACACAGCACAACCUGCAACACCACACAACACAACCUGCAACACAGCACAACACAACCUGCAACACCAUACAACACAACCUGCAACACCACACAGCACAACCUGCAACACCACACAGCACAACCUGCAACACCACACAACACAACCUGCAACACAGCACAACACAGCCUGCAACACCACACAACACAACCUCACAACACAACACAACCUGCAACACAACACAACACAACCUGCAACACAACAACACAACCUGGAACACAAGACAACCUGCAGCACAACACAACACAACCUGCAACACAACACAACACACACCUGAGACAAGUCACUAAUUACUCUCUUUUCUCCCGCACAGGUGAGCUGAGGGGCGGCAGGCCAGGUGUUGAGGUGCCCAGAGUCAUUAAGAGCAACAUGUCACUCGCCGCAACCAUCACGGCGGCGCGACGCUUGGCGCGGCGUGUGCUGGCGGGCUCCAUAUGA